AAUGCACCAUUAUAGAAAUAGUGUAGAAUAUCAACACAAUCACGGAUGGCAGCGCUGCCGACGUCGCUGCUCCACUCGUUUUUUCCACUCACUUGUUCCACUUUUUGUUCCGCGAGCAGCUGCUCGGACCCGCCUGUUGUUUUUUGUGCUCUCGGGGGCGUUAUUAACCGAAAUUCCCCGCCGUGUUAAUAACGCAAUAUGAAACAAUCGUGCGUGUGGCAACCAAUUGUAACAUUUACAUAAUAGCCAGCCAAUGCGAUCCGAAAGCGAUGCAAAACCAAACCUGAGCGAAAACGUAUGGCGAAAAAACGACGGCAGAGCAACAUAUAUGUAGUGGGGAAGGGUCAGAGAGGCCAAAGAGGAGAGGGGACUACACCCAUCGUACAAAAAGAGCAAAACUACGUUCAAUCUGUUCCUAUUUAAUGUUUACUCGUUUGGCCGUUUGUUCAGCAAUUAAAUCAGUCCCACCGAUCGAAUCCCGGCGACAAGGACAACGCCUUUGCACUCUGGGCUCUUGGCCAUGCCAUGUGGCGAGAAUUGCGACAGCUGCCGCCACCUCCAUCGUUAAUCCAGCGGCUGGGUGCCUGCAUUAGUCAUCGGAGGAACGAGGAGGAUGACAGCCGCCCCAAGGGAAAAGCGCCACAACGAACCCCAAGCGGAAGCAGAGCAGCCAUCAAGCAAACAGUUGGCUAAUUAAUAUAAUAGUCAGAGCCAGAGGCAAAGGCAACGGCAAAGGCAGAGGCAGAGGCAGUGAAAGAACGUAUCGUAUCCACUGGACAAAAUGUUCAAGAUUAGGCAGAGGAAUUGUAUGCUGAUUGUGACGGCCCUCGUGCUGGCGCCCUGCAUUGUGAUACUGAUGGUGAUGGCACCAGAACUAUCCACCGAACAGUCGCUGACGCAGCGCCUGGCCGAGUGCCAUAUGCGGCUGCAGUACCUGGAGUCCAUGUACAGAGCCAGACAGGAAGACGUGGCCCUGCUCUCGCAGUACUUGGGCCAGCUGCAGGCGGGAAACGGGAGCGCGGCGAGUCCCAGUCCCCCGCCGCCACUGCCAGUGGCCAAUCUGCUUGACGGACUCAGUCCCGAGGCGAGACAGCUGCUGAGGAAUGCCUCGCACGCAGCGAAAGGUGGGGGAUGGAAUGGCACGAUGGCCAGGGGCCAGAAUAUACGACUGCCCAACGCCUACCACUUUCUGCCCCAUCUCCUGGACGAUGCGGGCUCCCUACGUCCAGCCUACCUUCAGAGCAAGGGCCGCACCGAUAUCAGCAUCGUUCUGGGGGUCCCCACCGUGCACCGGGAGAAGCAGUCCUAUCUUCUGGGGACUCUGCACAAUCUGAUAGAGAACAUGAACGAGGAGGAGCAGAACGAGACCCUCAUCAUUGUGUACAUCGGCGAGACGGACAUCGAGGCGGUGCAGCUAAUAGCCCGGCAGAUCGAGACCAGCUUCGAGCAGCAUGUGGAAAGCGGACUUAUCGAUAUCAUUGCGCCGGCGCCCAGCUAUUAUCCCAACUUUGAGCGGCUGCGCAUCACGCUGAACGAUCCGCUGGAGCGGGUGAAGUGGCGAAGCAAACAGAACCUGGACUUUGCCUACCUGAUGGCCUAUGCCCAUUCGAAGGGCACCUUCUAUGUGCAGCUGGAGGAUGACAUCCUGACCAAGCGCCAGUUUAUAACCACAAUGAAAAAGUUUGCCUUGAUCAAGAGCGCGCUGACCAAGCCGGAUCAGCCGGCCUGGUUUGUCCUGGACUUCUGCCAGCUCGGCUUCAUUGGCAAGAUGUUCAAGAGCGCCGAGCUGCCCUACCUGAUCACCUACUUCCAGAUGUUCUACAACGAUAAGCCCGUCGACUGGCUGCUCACAUACUUCAUCGAGUCGAAGGUCUGUCGCACGGACAAGGACCAGAAGCACUGCAACCAGGAGAAGGCCAAGUACUGGCAGCACUUCCGCAAGUCUUUGUUCCAGCAUAUCGGCACCAGUUCCUCUUUGAAAGGAAAGGUCCAGAAGCUGAAGGACAAGCAGUUUGGCAGCAAGGUGCCGCAGUACUAUGCUCACACCCACAACCCCCCGGCGCUGGUCAAGUCCAACAUUGCGCCGUACAAGAACUAUCUGCUGAAGCGCGCCUAUCGCGGAGAGUCCUACUUCUGGGGUCUGCUGCCGCAGCCUGGUGACCUGGUGCAGUUUGUCUUUGAGCAGCCUACGCUCCUGCGACGAUACCUCUUCCGCAGCGGCAACUCCGAGCAUCCCUCGGACCGGUUCUACAACACCACCGUGGAGCUGCUGCCGGCGGACACCCUUAGCGAGAACUCGUCCGUGUGGAGCAACUACAACACCACCACCGACGGUUACUUGGUAGUGGGCUCCUUUGACCACUUGGGCGUUGCCGAGGGCCUGCUGGACCCAAAAAUAGGGGCCAUCAAGGAGCUGCGUCUGCAUGUCCACUCCGACAGCGAGAACUGGGCCCUGCUCAGUGAAAUUGAGCUGCAGGAGCUGACCGCUGACGGCAAGUCGGAGGCGAAUCUGGCCAAGCCGCGCUUCGUGGCGGGCAGCUGAUUGCUGCAUCGCCACAGGCAGCGUCAGGACGUGGAGGACUAACUACUCCUGUUCCUGCUCAUGCCCCUAGUCCUGUGUCUAUAUCUGUAUAUCUGUGUGUAUAUUUUUCGAAUGAUACUUUUACCCUCGAUUAUCUAUCUCAAUGUGUAAAUAAUCUCCAAGCAUGUAACGCUCUCUCUCUCUCUAAACUGUAAGCAGUCAAUGGAUGGGCUGGCUCAUGGCAUGGUCUCUCCAGAUAACUCCAGCAUCCCCAGAACCAAUUUGUGAGUGUACCACGAAUGUCCCGAGCUGGCAGCCCUACCCCGUCCGCACCAACAGCAGUCUCUCAUUGUAUUCCUGCAUUGUGCAUCCAAAUGGAUUCUGUACGCUUCAAGUUCCCCUUCCAAAUGUUCAUACUCGUUCAUACUCAUAACUGAAGCGGAUCCGUUCCGUUUACCCCCCAAUUCCUAAUUUAUGCGAAUAUUAUCCUAUGGUUUAUUCUGUUUUAGUUGUAAGUGUUAACUUGAUUUUAUUGGCAGAUGAAAAAGAGACCAUUCCAUUUUGCUUUUUUUCCAUUUGCUGAAUCACAUGAUUGAUUUAAUGGCUGGCAUCGAUCAAAGUGUUUAUUUAUUGUUAUAUAACUUAUGUUUAUGUUUCCCCUUUUUCCCCACAUCUCUUGCUUUCAAGAACUUCUCUAGGCACGCCUCAUUCAGCUGUAGACCGCCAUAGCCACAUAAAUAUACGAGUAUGUAUGCAUAGACCUAAUAACAACAACAAAAAUUAAACGAUUUUCUAGCAUUGUUGCUUUUUUACUGUGAUUUGUUAAUAAUUUUUGCAUAAAAAUGAACAAAACUUAAAAACUAAAUUAUACAUACAUAAAUACAAUACAUAUAAAUAUAUACAUAUAUACAUACAUAUACACACAUUAUUAUAUAUUUAACGAACGCUGAUUAGUAAUUGUAAAAGCGAAAAUUCCAAAAAUGAUUAAGAAACGAAAACUUAUACAAUCGAAAUUGGUUUGAUCGAAUUGGAAAUGCCAAAUUUUUUUGAUAGAAUAUGAAAAUGAAAAGAAAUAACAAGAAUGAUAAAUAUUUCAACUUAGUUCCUGUUGAGUAACGAGUAAAGAGUAACGAGUAACGCGUAACGAGAAUUGUAAUAUAUAGCGGCAAAGAUACCUAUGUUAAACACUUUGUUCGGGCGCCUCAGGCCCUGGAAUUGUCUAUUUUCGAAAUAUAAAUACAAACAUAACAAACUUUCCCCAAACUAAUUUUGAACGCUGCUAUAUAUGAUAUAACAAAUAAUUUAGACUGCUUUCGAUAAUGUGAACAAAUUAAAUUGCUUGAUAUUGUAUACACGAUAUACACAUGUACGAGUAUAUAUUAUAUAUAUUUUUAUAUAUGACAACAAUCAGCAACAAUAAUUUACAGCACUUGCGCUCCUCAUAUUCUCGAACAAUUCGUUUUGCCAAAUCUCAAUUAGCAAGCUACAAUAAUAGUUGAUAGUGGAAGUGCAAGCAAGUGGAUGUUGAUCAAUUUCGAAUUAUACAUUAGCUGGCAUUGUACGAAUAGUGUGCCCCCCUCCCCCCCCCCCCCCCCCCCCCCCCCCCACACACACACACACAGCCGUUGAAAACAACUCAAAACCUAAUCGACAAACAAACGAACAACAAAAUAUGCGUGUAAUAUGUGUAUAAGCUUAAUAAAUAAUACAAGUAUUUCAGAAAGGAA